GAGUCAUAAAAAAUAGGUAAGAUUGGCACUUCUAUCCCUCAGAUUUCCAAAAGUUAUUUACACAUGAUACUCUAGCCAAACCACAGGAAGUCGUUAUACUUUUGUAUUUUUCCCACCCUCUCUCAGGUUCUUGUCCCACCCCAACCUCUGCCCUUCCAUUUAGGGGAGAAGUAGCGGAUUUGAUUUUAUAGUGGCUUGGUUGGGGGGGGGGGGGAUCAGAAAGGCUCCACCCAUUUCUCCUGAGGCCUGGAGGUGUGCGCUCCCUUUUACCCCUCCCUCUCGGAUGUGCUUGGAGGUGGGCUGGCGGCGGGGGAGGGUUGGCCCCUGUCCCUUUAAGAAGGGCCGAGCGCAGCCCUGAGCUGGCGUUGCCCCUACCUACCCCGCCCGCGCCCUCACCCCACAGCAGCUGCAAGCACUGCUCCGGCCGUCCCUCGGUUAACAGGGUCUGCUCCCUCCGUAAGGAAGCAAGUCGCCACCAUGGUGAAGAUCGUGACCGUUAAGACCCAGGCGUACCCGGACCAGAAGCCGGGCACCAGCGGGCUGCGGAAGAGGGUGAAGGUGUUCCAGAGCAGCCCCAACUACGCGGAGAACUUCAUCCAGAGUAUCAUCUCCACCGUGGAGCCCGCGCAGCGGCAGGAGGCCACCCUAGUGGUGGGGGGGGACGGCAGGUUCUACAUGAAGGAGGCCGUCCUGCUCAUCGUUCGCAUCGCCGCAGCCAACGGGAUUGGUCGCUUGGUUAUUGGGCAGAAUGGAAUCCUCUCCACCCCUGCGGUAUCCUGCAUCAUUAGGAAGAUCAAAGCCAUUGGUGGGAUCAUUUUGACAGCCAGCCACAACCCUGGAGGGCCCAAUGGAGAUUUUGGAAUCAAAUUUAACAUUUCCAAUGGAGGUCCUGCUCCGGAAGCAGUCACUGAUAAGAUUUUCCAAAUCAGCAAGACAAUUGAAGAAUAUGCAAUUUGCCCUGACCUGAAACUAGACCUUGGCGUUCUGGGAAAGCAACAGUUUGACCUGGAAAACAAGUUCAAACCCUUUACAGUGGAAAUUGUGGAUUCGGUGGAAGCGUAUGCUACAAUGCUGAGGAACAUCUUUGAUUUCAAUGCACUGAAAGAGCUGCUUUCUGGUCCAAACCGACUGAAGAUCCGCAUAGAUGCCAUGCAUGGAGUUGUGGGACCAUAUGUAAAGAAAAUCCUCUGCGAAGAACUCGGUGCCCCUGCAAACUCAGCCGUCAACUGCACUCCUCUGGAGGACUUCGGAGGCCACCACCCUGAUCCCAACCUCACCUACGCAGCUGACCUGGUGGAAACCAUGAAGACAGGAGAGCAUGAUUUUGGGGCUGCCUUUGAUGGAGAUGGGGAUCGAAACAUGAUUCUGGGCAAGCGUGGGUUCUUUGUGAAUCCCUCGGACUCCGUGGCUGUCAUCGCUGCCAACAUCUUCAGCAUUCCUUAUUUCCAGCAAACGGGGGUCCGCGGCCUUGCACGCAGCAUGCCCACCAGUGGUGCCUUGGACCGGGUGGCUAAUGCUACAAAGAUUGCUUUGUAUGAGACCCCAACUGGUUGGAAGUUUUUUGGGAAUUUGAUGGAUGCAGGCAAACUGUCCCUUUGUGGGGAAGAGAGCUUCGGGACUGGUUCUGACCACAUUCGUGAGAAAGAUGGACUCUGGGCUGUCCUUGCGUGGCUCUCCAUUCUGGCCACCCGCAAACAGAGUGUGGAGGACAUUCUCAAAGAUCACUGGAAAAAAUAUGGCCGGAAUUUCUUCACUAGGUAUGAUUAUGAGGAGGUGGAGGCCGAGGGCGCAAACAAAAUGAUGAAAGACUUGGAGGCCCUGAUAUCUGAUCGCUCCUUUGUGGGGAAACAGUUGUCAGUGGGUGAGAAAGUUUACACCGUGGAAAAGGUUGAUAACUUCGAAUACAGUGACCCGGUGGAUGGAAGCAUUUCAAGAAAUCAGGGCUUGCGGCUCAUUUUUACAGAUGGUUCUCGCAUCAUCUUCCGACUGAGUGGCACCGGGAGUGCGGGGGCCACCAUUCGACUGUACAUCGACAGCUAUGAGAAGGACAAUGCCAAGAUCCACCAGGAACCCCAGGUCAUGUUGGGCCCACUUAUUUCCAUUGCUCUGAAGGUCUCCCAACUCCAGGAAAGGACGGGACGCACUGCACCCACUGUCAUCACCUAAGGUGACAUCGUAGGCCAGAUGCAGUACGUCUCUGCACCCCAGGACCCUCCAAGUCACCUGAUUGAAGAGCAUGGACAGAAACAACGAGUAUUCACCCAGGCUUUUUAGGAUUUGGUUUUUUCACUAACCAGUUGUUGAUGAAUGGUACUUUUGCAAAGCACUGCCAAUUGAGAUGCCCAUGGGAGCCAUGUGGGAAAGGGGGGAAAAAGACCCAGGGGCUUAUGCAAAUGCCAGUCCCUUUCAUCUCCUUUCACAGCGCUGCUAUGACGGUAUUUGUCUCCUUAGCACCAAGUUCUGUUUACACUACAAUGUAAGAUAGAGGUUGAGCAUCAGCUAAUGAGGCCAUUUUCAUCCUUAGGAUGUGCCAAUGAAAUGACAGUGCAAGUUCCUUUCUCCUUGGUGAACCUUUCCCCCCAUUUAUUGUUUACAUGUAAUCCAGCAAAAUGCAAUUCCUGGUGCCUUUUCUCCAAUCAGUUCUUUCCUCAGAGUGAGACGUACUUGUCUACAGAUUUCUGCCUUGUUUUGCAACAUAGGCCCAUUCACACAAAUAUUUGGGGAUAUUAAAGCAAAAUAAGCUACUAC